AUGCAAUCAGACGAGCAAAUUUCCUUUUUGGUCAGACCGCGUGAAAAAUUUGGGCCAGCGGCGAGCACCCAGCGCCCUCACUUAAUUACUCCCGCAAACAGCCUCAUGCAUGCUGCAUCUGUGAUUAAUCAUCGAAGGCCAUGCAUGAUCUCAUCUGCGAUAGUUGCGUACCACGACCUCUCACUUCGUGAGCACCGAGUCUUUGCGGAUGCCCUCAAGAACAACCUGCUCACCAUCAAGACCAUCACCAAACAAGGUGCCCUCGCAAAUCUUGUGGCCUCCCGCAGCCGUGUCAUCAUCGAGGAAGCACCUGCACCUCAUUCUGACCACACCCAUGGGUGGCGCUGGUAUGCGAAUGGUCGAUGUGAUUGGCUGGGUCUUCCUCGCCUCAAAGUCAACCACAGCUCUCCUGAGCCACCUUCUGCACAAUGUCCAGCUCCUGGGCCAUUGUCUUGUGGACGAAAUCCUGCAUCAUCUCUUGCAUGGUGCCGGCCUGCUCGUGGGCCGCUAUCUGGUGCACACACUCCUGUAGUGGCUCACGCAAUGCGUCACUGGCAGAAACUCAAGAUGUUCGUUGAGGUCCCACUCCCCCCACCCUCCUGGAGGUCGAGUUUCAAUCCAGGACGAGACCUGUCACUGGUAGGUAGCAUCCAGGAGCUCAUUCCGCAGAUAACCUGCAUUGGGCAAGGUUCGCAGAGUUCUGAUGGGACUGCUUGUGGGGAAGAUGAAGCCGAGGCAGAGGUGGAUGAGCUUCUGGCGUCCCUUUGA